CUUCGUCGUCCAGACCAGUUUGUGGCAGCCAGUCAUCUAACAUGACGUAGAGAAGAGACACAGCGAAGCCACCCCAGACUUAAAACAAAAACUUCUGCUGUUUCACCCUCAAAAACCAACCAACAAAAAAGGACACCAACAUAUCGAGAAACUUGUCGGAUAUCCAGAGAAAGGCAUCUAUGGGUGGGUGUCCAUUCGAAAGAGGAGCGGCUGAUGAUGGUGGUGGUCGUCUGCUGCAGCUAAACUGGGAUUUCGUUUUGUGUUCGGUUUAAGAAGGAAAAAAUAACUAAAUUUAUUCCUCUCUCUCCCUUUUCUCCUUCUUUCUUUUCUUUCUCCCUCUCUAUCUCUCUUCCCCUCUUUUUCUUCUCUCUCUCUCUCCUUACUGUUUCGUUUUAUCCUUUCUCUUCCUCCCUCUCUUUUCCUUUCUGUUCUGUUUCCUUUUUCUUUUCUUCCUCUCUCUCUCUCUUUUGUGUCCCUUUCUUUUCUCUCCCUCGCUCUCUUCUUUAUCCUCUUUCUUUCUCCCUCCCUCGCUCUCCUGUAUCCCUAUCUUUUUCUUCCCCAUUUAGUAUCUCUUUCUCUUCCACUCUCUCUCCCUCUCUGUUCCGUAUCUCUUCUUUACCCACACAACACACACAAAAGACUAACAAUAACAUCACACCCCAUCAUCAUCAUCAUUAUCAUCAUCACAAGCAAAUCAAACAACACACCACCACCACCAUCACCACCACCAACAACAACACUACUGUUACAGCAAGCACCAACACCACAUCCCCUACCUGUACCGUCAUCAACACCACAGCUACCACCAAAUCUACAUUAUUAACCACUGCUACACCGCCACACACAUUAUAACCAUUCACUAGCCCCCUGAUUCUCUCUUGACCCUUACUACCACUACGUUACAACCGCCAACACAUCAGUACUUCCAACUAUAUCCCCAACACUACCACCACCACCACUACAAACAACUACCAUAACACUAUCGACAAAGCAUCACUACUUAUACCACUAACACCCCUACUGCACCACCAUUGACUACCACCAAUACAUCAGCAUACUACUUGUGACCUCACCGCUACCAACUACCACCAAAAGACCAACACCUCCCCCGCUCCCAUUAACGACCACCAUCACCACCUCGACCACCACCUCCGACUCCUCCGCCAUCACCACCAUCAAACUUCUACUUUAAUGAAAAUAUGGCAGAUUUUUUGAAAUCUGCUUUUGGUUAUUUAAGUGGAAGUACUCCUGGUCGUGAAGACAAUGACUUCGUCGGACAAAGUGUUGAACUCGGACAACAAAAACUCCGAGUUAAGAGUGUCAUCGCUGAAGGUGGGUUUGCAUUUGUCUAUGUGGCCCAAGACAUCAGCACUGGCAAGGAGUACGCCUUGAAAAGGCUGCUCGCUAACGAUGAUGAGAAAAGCCACAUUAUUAUGGAGGAGAUAAGAUAUCUGAAAAAACUGUCCGGACAUCCGAAUGUGGUUCAGUUUAUCUCGGCUGCAGCUAUCGGUAAGGAAGAGUCCGACCAUGGCCAGGCGGAGUAUUUGAUCUGUACGGAACUUUGUACAGGUGGUCAGCUGGUUGAUGUGUUGCGAGAGGCACAUCCAUUUCCUUGUGACAAGGUCCUCCAGAUAUUCUUUCAGACAUGUCGCGCAGUGCAGCACAUGCACCGACAGAAACCUCCUAUCAUACACAGAGACCUCAAGGUGGAAAACUUGCUGAUCAGUUCUAAAGGUUGUAUAAAGCUUUGUGAUUUUGGUAGCGCUACUAUCAAGAGCCACAAUCCUGACAUUUCUUGGUCUGCAAUUCAAAGAAGUCUGGUGGAAGAUGAGAUCGCUAAAAAUACCACCCCUAUGUACCGUGCCCCUGAAAUGCUAGAUCUUUACCAGAACUUCCCAAUCAAUGAGGCUGGUGACAUAUGGGCCCUCGGAUGUCUCCUGUUCCAGCUAUGUUUCGCAGAACAUCCAUUUGAAGACUCAGCCAAGCUCAGAAUACUCAACGCUAAUUACUCAAUUCCUGAAUCGGACACCAAGUUUACCGUCUUUCAUGACUUGAUACGCUCUAUGCUUCAAAUCGACCCACGCCAACGUCCGAACAUCAACAGCAUCAUUGACCGGCUACAGGAGAUUGCUGUGGCACGUGAUGUUGACCUGAAGGGUCACUUGAACCUCACAAACGGAGUGAAUUCACAGCCCUCUGCUCCAGCUGACCAACACCUGAACCUAAACACACCUCCACCACGACCACCACCACCGUCACCUUCACCGGCAGCAGCGCGGCCCCCAUCACCACAGCCUCCAUCGUCCCAGUACACACACCCGUCUGAGAUGAACCAGUCCUCGUACCCAGCCUCCGGAGCCAGUCAGCUGUUCAGCUCCCUCAAAGGGGCUGGCGGCAGCCUGUUCAAGAACAUAAAAGAUGCGUCGUCGAAGGUGAUGGAAACUGUAUCCGCGAGUACAGUUCUUCCACCUGGCACCACAUGGAGGACAAUGAACAAAAAUGAACUUGAUAUUUCGUAUGUAACUUCAAGAAUGAUCGUUAUGUCAUUCCCAGCUGAAGGAGUGGAAUCAGCCUUUAAGAACCACAUCGAUGAUGUCCGCUGUCUGCUGGACUCCAAACACCGUGGACAAUAUAGUGUAUACAACCUUACUCAGAGAAAUUAUCGUGCUAUCAAAUUUGAAAAUAGAGUCUUAGAAUUAGGUUGGUCUCAUAAACGAGUCCCAUCACUAGCAAGUAUUUUCACUCUGUGCAAAAGCCUUUACCACUGGCUACGGAAAAACCCUAAAAAUAUCUGUGUUAUUCAUUGCCUUGAUGGCAAAAGUGUGUCUGCGACAGCUGUGUGCUGCUUCCUUGUGUUUUGUGGAGUCUGUAAGACUGUUGAUGAAGCCGUUUACUUGUUCGCUUCCAGACGGGUCAAUCCACAUACGUCAGCCUCGCAGCGAAGAUACAUCCAAUACAUGGUCGACAUUAUACACAACCCAUCCUUAACCCCUCACAACAAACCCAUCCUGUUGGUCUCACUAACAAUGUCACCAAUUCCUCUCUUCAACAAGACCAAGACCGGAUGUCGACCAUUUGCUGAAGUUUUUCUCGGAGAAGACAGAAUAUUGACUACUUCGCAAGAAUACGAGCGGAUGAGGGGUUUUUCAAUAGAAGAAUACAAACUGACGAUUUCUUUAAAUAUAUCGGCUGUGGGAGAUGUCACCAUUGCGGUAUACCAUGCGAGGUCAACAUUUGGGGGAAAAGUGCAGGGCAAGAUCACAUCCAUGAAAAUGUUUCAGCUCCAGUUUCACACAGGAAUGAUUAACCCUGAUGCUGAGAGUUUAAAAUAUACAUUCACUGAUCUGGAUCAUAUUGAGUCUCCGGAGAAGCUGCCAGAACUGUUCAAAGCUGUACUAGAAAUCAAUGUAAGCCCCAAUGACAGGCCACAGACUGACCACAUGCUGCCGUGGGAGAACUUCAAUGUUAAGUCAGUCAACCCCAAAAUCCUGUUCUCUUCUGAGGAGGAGACGGAAAGGGUACAGUCGGAACUUGAGUCAGCGGAGAAGGCCAGUUUGAACUCCCAUCAAGGCUCUUCAGAGCACAUUAACGACAGCCCGAGCAGGUCUUCAGGCAAGGAGUCACCUUACAUGAGUCCACAGCUGAGGCAGAAGAAAAUGUCGGCAGCAAACAAUUCUGGGAAGGCAGUUGGCAAGAGCCAGUUCUUUGACAGCCUGAGCUGGCAGCAGGGAGAUGGCCAAGGGAGACAGGGUGCGCCGGGUGUUGGCGGUGGGGCUGCCGUUGGUGCCACAGCUGGCCCUGCCAGGCCUCCGGGUGAGUCGGCCGAGAGUCUGCUGGAAGAUAUUGAGAGUACAGAGGACGAUGAGGAUGAUUUUGCUUCCCUCUCGCACCACGGUCGCGCUCGAAAUCAGUUACAGAAGUCUGGUGCAGGCUUCUGUCAAACUGUCCCAUGCCAGCAUAGAGGGAGGAUGUUAAACAGUGAUGAUGAUGAUGGUGAUAUAUAUGAGUGUAUGUAUGUGUUUUUAUUUCUGUAUGUCUCUCUCUAUAUAUAUAUAUUUAUAUAUGUGUGUGUGUGUAUAAAAUAUUGUUUUACAGGUAACUUAACCUCAAUGAAAUCACCUGGAAGCACCAGUAAUCUAUCUGCAACUUCACCUGCUGCGCCAUCCUGGCAACAACCCAGCCCACAACAGCCUAAGACCGCAUUCGGUGGGCUUUAUUCAGGUGCUGGUUCAUCGACUGGUGCCCCAGGCUGGCAACAGGCACCAAACAACCAGGUGCCAUCGUCUCCCAAGAAACAACAAACCCAACCAGCCACAGGUGCGACAGCAGCGACACACAAAGCAGCUUUUGGACCUGGUUCCGGUCCUGGCCCGAGUGUUAUUGGAAGCAGAGAUGAUAGAGGGACACGCAAGCCUUUUGGCCCAAAACCUAAGGUGGAUACCGAUACUUUUGGAGACCUUCUUGGUGGAUUUAGCUCCAAGAAAGCGAAUGAACCACGGACUAUAGGAGAAAUGAGAAAAGACAUUUUAGCUAAGGAAAUGGACCCAGAUAAACUGAAGAUAAUGGAGUGGACCAAGGGUAAGGAACGCAACAUCCGUGCACUGCUGUGUUCGCUGCACACUGUGCUUUGGGAUGAAGAGGUGCGCUGGAAGGAGUGUGGGAUGCAUGAACUGGUCACACCUGAGCAGGUGAAGAAGGUCUACAGGAAAGCUGUUCUGUCUGUCCAUCCGGACAAGCUAACAGGAACGCCACAUGAAGCGCUGGCCAAAUUGAUAUUCAUGGAACUGAACGAUGCCUGGGCCGAGUUUGAAGAGAAAGGAAUGCAGUCAUUGUAUUAGAGUUUCCAAGAAGAAAGAAAAAAAAAAAACAAGAAAUUGAGAUGAAAAA